CAUCAGCAGGACUCUCCAUGCGGCAGGGGCACCUGGAGUUGGAAAGGCAGGAUCAUCAUCAUCCCCUUGGCAGAAGGACGGGUCGUCUGCUAUGGCAGGUGUGGUGUACCCCAGACAGGCCCCUGUGGACUUAGACAUUUACCAAAGCUCCUACAUGGUCGACUAUAAACCCUAUGGGAAGCACAAAUACUCCAGGGUCACACCACAAGAGCAAAUGAAGCUAGACACCCAACUCCGGGACAAAGAGUUUUACAGGCCCAUCCGUAGCCCCAACCCCAAGCUAGAGGAUGGAUACCCUGCCUUCAAAAGACUCUACAUGACCGCCAAAGACCUGGGACAUGCUGGUUUCUUCCCAUCACAGGACCUUGUGAGCACAGCAGAGGACGAACACAGGUUCACCAGUAUUUGCCCUUCCGUGUACCCAGUUUCCCAUGCGCUGUACCUGGCCCAGGGUGACCCAAACCUGGUCCACAAGAGCACCAACUUUCCGUGCCUCCUGGAGCCCGAGCGCCAACCUGCUGCAGAGCAGGACAAAGGCUACUUCCUACUGCCCGGCUGCCCCUGUCCUCAUCACGGUAUGGUCAAGGUCCCCAUCUUGAACCGAUGGGGGCCCCUCAUGCCAUUCUACCAGUAGGAAGGUGACAAUGACUUCCAAGGGCACUUUGGAAAUCCUUCCCUCUCAAGGAAAUCCCUGUUCUGCCCUUGGAGUACAGAGAGAAGAACUGAAAAUAAAACCCUGGAAAGAUGUUGCAGCAGCACAGGGACUGUACUUGUUCUACCUUAGUCCCUGCCUGCCCUGGGACACAGCAUCCCCACCCCAGAAGGAGGGAAGGAGGGAGAGAGGGAGGGA